GCGUAUAUGUCUUCAAGCUCACGUGAUACAAAUAUUAGUCACGUGAUACGAUGGUUGUCAAAAUGGCGGCCAUUUCGCCGAGGUCGGGAUCUUUCGAGGUAUACAUACGGCAGCAGUGGUGUAAAGUAUUUGUAACCUUAAAUGAAGACAGUAUAACGUUGGCACUUGAUGAAAAUUUGAAUAAGUCACUUCCCCUUAACAUCAGUGCGGACAGCACGACCUCUAGACAUGACCAAUUACCUGAAUCUAUUGCUGGACAAAAGCGGCUUGUGAGAGUAAUCAAGGAGGAACAAAAUGGACUGGGAAUUAGCAUCAAAGGAGGCAAAGAAAACAAAAUGCCAAUACUCAUUAGUAAAAUAUUUAAAGGGAUGGCAGCAGAUAAAACAGAAAAAUUGUACGUCGGCGACGCCAUCUUAUCAGUUAAUGGAGAAGAUCUGAGAGAGGCAACCCAUGACGAAGCUGUUAGAGCACUUAAAAAGGCCAAGAAAAUCGUGGAACUUGAGGUGAAAUAUAUCACAGAUUUCAGUCCCUGCUUUCGGAAGAUUUCAGCAUUAAAUGAAUUAGGAUGGGGAAGUCAGGAGGCCCAGAGGGAUGCAGCCAGGGCUAAUUGGACAGAAACAAAAACUAUACCACUGAAACUUUGCUACCUAUGUCGAAAUCUCAGUAUGUCUGACCCAGAAAAACGCACUAUUGAAUUACAUUCACCUGAUGGAAAAUCCACCUGCAUUAUAAGAUUUCCAGAUGCAGCCAUUGCCAGUGAUUGGUUUAAUGCCAUUCAUUCAAAUGUCACGUUAUUAUUAAGUCAGUGUAUCGUAGAAGCAAACCAAGUUAUGUCCUCAGCUCCAAACUCCAGAGAAAUUAAACAUAUUGGAUGGCUCUCAGAACAGCUUAUGAAUGAGCAGGGAAGUUUGACUUGGAAGCCAGUAUUUAUAGCAUUAACAGACAAUGACAUGCUCCUGUAUGACACAGCUCCCUGGAGUAAAGAAGAAUGGGCUACUCCAUUCCAAAGCCACCCCCUGCUUGCCACAAGAUUGGUACAUUCUGGUAGACUCAGUAAUCCGAAUGCAGGGACUGAUGUCCUGACUUUUGGUACAAGGUGUGGCACUCGAAAUGGUGUUGAAACACACAUAUUUAGAGUGGAGACUCAGAGAGAUCUAGCCUACUGGUCCAGAGCGUUAGUCCAGGGGUCUCAUGGGGUAGCAGCCAUUAUCAAAGAAGUUACUUGCCGUGAGUUUGACGGAAUUAUGAUACUUCACCAUAUGAAGGCCAGACGCUUUAAAAUGAGCAGUAAACAUGUGAAUAAUAUUUCACAGAAGUUGAAAAUAACUUCUCCCACAAUUUUAAGUAAAGCAGAAGAACUAUCCCAGAUGUUGGAUAUAAAAGUUGGGAGUCAGGCCUUAAAUGCUCUGAAUUUGACGGGCUCUUGUCCUGUUGUCAUGUGCUUGGAAUUAGCAGCUAAUACUGUAGGAAAGUCAAUUAACAAGGAAGAAGCUUUGAAAUUAUCUGGAGUGAAUAAGAAAGUCUAUGCAAAUGGCCUGAAAGCCCUGGAGAGUAUGUUGGAUCUAUCAACCAAGGUCACUGUUAAAGAUCUUGCUAUACAAUUUGGAUGUACACCUGCCACUGAGCUAGCAACAAAAACACUUAACAGUUAUGAAGAGGACUACAAAUCAAAGUCAUGUAGAGACAUGGACUUCUCAUCGCCUAUGUUUCAAGCUACGGCACUUUGUGCAGCUUGUAGAAAACUCAAGAUAAAGAUAGACUGGAAUAAACUGCGAGAAGUGUGCAGUAUCAAAAGAUCAACCUAUGAUAGGCUCGUAACAGAAAUGGAAAUCCAUGCAGUCAAAAUGAUAGAAACAAAGACAGUUGAAAAGAAGAAAAGAGUUAGAGGACUUCUGGAUGAAGUUGAAAAACACCUCCAAGAUGAGGAAGUUUCAAAGAAGCAGCAGAAGAAAGAACAGGAGGUAGAGGAGGAAAUUGAUGAAUACGAGGUGUGGAAGAAAAAAAUUCUAGCAGCGGCAGCCAUAGCCAAGGAAAAAGAGACAAGCGCUACUUGAUCGAGUGGUGAUUGUGUGUGAUUGACAUCAAGACCAAGGGCAAUGAAAAAGAGACAAGUGCUACCUGACUAAGUGGUGAUUGUGUGUGAUUGAUGUCAAAAUUCAAAUUUUUCAUAUUGAUGAAUGUAUUGGAAAUGAUGUGGCGAAAAAAAAAACUGCAAUAAUGUGAAAAUUUAUUUAAGAUAAAAAAUAUAUUGUAUAUGUUUAACAUAGACAUGACUGUGUAUCAUAAUUUACAUGCUCAGCAUUCUAAAUAAA